CGCAAUGGCUCUUCCUGCUUUGUUCACAAGCUUCGUCCCCUCCUCGAUCAGCCAUAGCCAACCCUCUCUCUCAUUCUUCAGACACCCUCGCUGCUCCUCCUUCUCCUCCGCCGGCGCUAAAUCUGCGACAUGUGCCUUGACGAUUGAAAAUCAAGAGACUGUGAGACGUUCGGGGAAUUGGAAACCUAAUGUGUGGGACUAUGGGUUUCUACAGUCACUCACCGUAGAUUACACGGAGGAUAAAUAUACCGAGCAAGUCCAAAGGUUGAUGGAAGAAGUCAGGGGUCUAUUCGAUUGGGAGACGAACCAGGUGGCCAAGCUCGAGUUCAUUGACGCAGUUCAAUGACUAGGACUAGGAU